AUGACUUUCUUCCAAGGCCAGUGCGAGGAUGACUGCUAUUCUCCCUGCGGUUACGGGGGCCUGUAUGGCUACCGGGGCUAUGACUGUGGAAGCCCCUGCGGCUACCGGGGCUAUGGGAGCCUCUACGGCUACCGGGGCCUCUAUGGCUUUGGGGACCGCUAUGGCUUUGGUGGGCUGUACAGUUCCCGGGGCUUCUAUGGCUAUGGGGAUGGCUAUGGCUAUGGGGGUCUGUAUGGCGGCUAUAGGGGCAUCUAUGGCUAUGGGGACUGCUAUGGCUACCCAGGCUUAUACAGCAGCCGCUACGGCUACCCCUUCAGUUCGCGAUACGGCCAAAGAUACGGCUAUGGGAGCUGCUACCCCUGCUAA